AAGAGAAUGGAGUGACGUGCGUAAAACUGAGCGGGAAUUCUAUUAAUGGUAGAUAUGGGGAGCGGUUAGCGUGAGUUAUCUGUUCUCGGUGAUGAAGUUGUGUUGUUAUCAAAGCGAUGUGAUCGUGACCUUGUCACAUCUCCUCGGGGCACGGAACAGAUCACGUGAUGUCUGGCUGUUGCUCCCGGUGAAAAAGAAAACAAAAUGGUGUGGAGCUACAGUGCAAAAAGAGAAAUGGAGACACAAAAGGAGACAAUUAGACAUAACUUCAACAUGUACAGACGAUGAUAUACCUCCUGUAUCAAACAUGGACCGAAAAAGAAUAAGUGAGAUAUACGAAGGUGAGACUCACCCGGAAUAUGCCUGUGAGGGGAGCCCGGCCUGUGUCGACUACUGCCGACUCGAUCGUUGUGAGGCAGCCGGUGCUGACUAGACUGAGUUCCGUCCUUACCCACCGUGGUGCCCAACCACAACAGUAACCUCAAGGCGACAGUUGAAACUUCUCGAGCCUGAGCGGAACGCGAUCCGACGAACCCUCGAUUUAAGGGACGACAUGUUAUCCCUGUACUAUCCCGGAGGCUUUACAUAAAACUUUUGAGCGCUACAAAGAAUACGCCUGAACGGUUUAUAAGGUUACGGUGACGCUCAAAUGUAAACAUGACCUGCACGAUUUUUUUUGUGUGUGGUUUGAAUUAUGUAUUUAAACACAUUUACUCUCAGGCCUAGAAAAUGACAGAGAGAAGGGAACGAGUGGCACAAUAGAUGAAUACUUGGUAGACAGAGAGACUGACAGAGAUAGUGAACAAGUAGAUAGAUGAAUAGGAUGAUGAAAGGGGUGGGAAGAGUGUGAAAAAAUAAGGAGAGAGAAAAGGAAGAAGAGACACUAAUCUGCUUAACUGAUGCGAGAUGUCUCUUGGCGGCGACUUCGACGCUUUGCUCUCCGAGAUUGGCUUCGGACGCUGGCAGAUUUCCGUCGUUCUGGCGACAGUGCUCACGGCGAAUCAGCUGGCUGUUCAUAUGCUGGGUUCGACCCUCCUAAGUGGUCCGCUGCAGUUCCGGUGUUCACCUGUGAACGGAACUAGUAUAGCAACGUCCAGUUCAACAUACUACAAUAAUGAGUGUCUGCUUCCGACCAAACUUCAGUACGAGCCAGCUGACUCUGUUGGCCAAGUUGUCAACGCCAGCGCCCAGUAUUUUCCUGGGGAAUCGAAGCAAGAGUUAACUCACAUGACGUCAUGUCCGCUGAUCGAAUAUGACAGAUCCAUAUUUACGACAACCAUCAUUUCUGAAUGGCAUUUGGUGUGUGAUCAAGCCUCCCUGCAGCCGCUGUACCAGAUGGUGUACAACGUCGGCAGCAUCAUUGGGAGUUUAACAUGCGGCCCCCUAGGAGAUAAGCUUGGGCGCCGAAGAGCUGUGCAGAUCGGGAGUGUGUUCUACGCCGCCGCCAUCCUGGUAAUGGGCUUCACGUCCUCUUACCCGACCGUGCUGGCCAUGCGCUGCGUGGUGGGCGUCGCAGCGCAGUGCAUGAUCCAGCCUUCGUGGAGCCUCGCGAUGGAGUCGACGCCCACGCGCUUCCGCAGCCUGGUGGGGAUGCUGCUGGGUCUCCCGUACUCCUUCUCCGUCAUCUGCCUCGCGGGCAUCGGCUACCUCAUGCGGCGGUGGCGCGCCAUCAUGUUCAUUUGCUGUGCGCCAACCCUCAUCCUGCUCCCGCUGGUCUUCCUCAUGGACGAGUCGGCGCGAUGGCUGUUGCAGCAGGGAAGGAAAGACGAAGCUGCGGCGGUCCUUGAGAAAGCCGUGAGGAUGAAUAAGGCGAAGCUCUCCUCGCCUCUCGACUCCACCUUGGAGAAAUUAGUCCAGGUCCAUUCCGCUCCUGACGACAAGGGAUCCUCCCUGAGCGCGUCCCUGGAACAGGUGAAGGCGUACCUGCGUUCCCCCAUCAUGAGGACGAUUAUCCUCGCCACGCCCCUCCUGUGGUUCCUCCAGAGCUGCCUGUACCUCUCGGUCGCCAUCAACGCCAACAACUUCAACAGCUCGAACCCCUUCCUGUACGUGUGUCUGAGCGGCUCAAUGGACACCUCGGCCAUCCUGCUCAUGACGCCCCUCAGCACACGCCUUGGGAGACGCGUCAUCGUGGGCGGCGGGAUGUUCGCGGGUGGCGUGCUCUUCCUGCUCGAGCUCCUCGUCUCGGAAGAUUACUUCUGGCUCAAAUGGGUGCUAGUCAUGGGCGGUUUCCUCUUAGUGGCGGGCUCGUUCCAGAUGAACUACGUCUACGGGCCGGAGCUGUUUCCGACAGAGAUUCGAAAUCGAGGUUUUGCAUUUGUUAAUCUCAUGGGUUGCCUCGGAUUCGUUUGCGCCCCUUUCAUCACAUACAGACUGGUCCUGAUUAGGUGGUGGGUGGCAUCCGUGACCUUCGGCUGCGCUGCGAUAAUAGGGAGCUUCACCCUCCCUCUGCUGCCGGAGACGAGGAACAAGUCGAUGCCAGACACGUUGCAGGCGCUGGACGAGAGGAGGGGUAAACGCAAGGGAAAUCCUGCUGAGACUGGGUGCAUUAAUACGGAAAAUGAGGAGAGCAGAUUAUGAUAGGUUCUCUCUCUUUGUUAGUAUCUUUGCGUAUGGGAGAGAGGUGGUAAGAAUUUAUCUACGGGUUUCUUUCUUCUCUCUUUCUCUCUCUAUCUGUCUGUCUCUCCUGUCUCUCCUCUGUCUCUGUCUGUCUGUCUGUCUGCCUCUCUCUCUCUCUCUUUCUCUCUCUCUCUCUCUUUCUCUCUCUCUCUC